GAUUUUUAGCACAAGAAUGGCUCAAGCUCGGAUAUCUAGUAGUUUGCCCCCAAACAUAGACCACACAAAAGCUUCAGUCGCCUUUGGAGAGCGAGCUCUGCCCAAACUGAAUGAAGAGUUGAAGGACCCUGAGUUAAUCACCCGGCAGAGAUCUUUGAUGGCCCUUUGUGACCUUGUGCACGAUCCUGAGAAUGUGUAUAAGGCUCUGAGAUUAGGGUUCCUGGAAGGUUUGAAAAACUUGCUCUAUGACGAAGACGGCACUGUGCGGCAGAAAACAACAGAGGUAUUAUAUAUUAUGGCUCGCCAUAGCAUGGGAAGGGAAGGAAUUCUGAAGAGUGACAUUAUUCCUGCAUUGUCUCGUCUGUUGGAUGACCCUGUUGCUGUCUGUCGUAAAAAUAUGCAUCAGACAUUUGAGAUGGUGUCAGAACUCCCAGCAGGUGCUGCUGCUUUGGUGGAUGCAGAUUUGGUACCUCAUCUAGUUGAAAAGCUAAACAGUGAGCUGGAAGAGAUUCAGGAGCUGAUCCUGGACACACUGUACUACUGUCUUAAAGCUGAUACUGCCCAGGCCCUCAACUCAGGAGCUGUAUUCGUUCUGAAAGAUAAACUUAAUCAUAAGUCAGUAGGCAUCAGGAGGAAGGCAGCUUGCGCCCUCAUGGGCAUCAGUGUGCCCCUGACAGGGAAGGACAAGGUGUGUCAGGAAGAUGUGGUCCCCUUGCUUGUACAUUUGUUAGAGGACAGUGACACAAUGGUUAGAGCUAACGCCGCUGGUGCUUUGAUGAACGUCACAGUCACCACUCAAGGUAAAUAUGCUGCUCUUGGUUGUGGAGCUAUUCCAAAACUGCUGGCUCUGUUGGGAGAUGGCUGCAGUAAAGUGCGUCUGAACUGUCUGAAAGCUCUGACCACUCUGUCUGAAGCCCCUGAGGGCCGUAAGGUGCUGCUGCAGAAUGUGAAUCAGAUCCAGGGAUAUGUGGAAGACCCUAGCGAGGCAGUGAGAAGAGCAGCUGCAAUUGCUGUGCGGGUCAUACAGUGGAAGCCAUAAGCCAAUACAGCCCAUCAAUCAGUUUUGUUCAUUUAAUUUCCAGCAACCAGUGUGAAAAGCACCAACUUUAAUGUCAAUGCAGACAACGAGUGUAUGAUCUGGAACAAAACUGAAAUAAAGGCAAUUGUCUGACUUGUGACAAGCUA